AGUGGCAACAAAUCGACUAUUAACAAAACGUAAACAAAUAUGUAGAUAUGUUCGGUUUAUAUGUUUAAAACUCUUUAUACUGUUAUCUAAAUUCCUCUUAAAAUGGGCGAUGUAAAAUGUUAUUUGAGAAAAAUGGAUUUCCCCAGCGUAGUACCCGAAGCCCUGCGACAUAUUCAAAAACUAUUUCUUCCCGACUGUACUUCGCAACAGCUCGGAUUACUUAAAGAACUUUCUGAGGAGUUCGUAUUUUUUGAGAUUGAUAAAUGGGGUAAUUCUCGAAAUCAAAAACUUCCCCCGAUUAAAGAAUUGCAAAUAGUUGAUCGUAUCGCCUGGUAUUUCCGACAGCCAGAGAAUGAUCAAAAAAUGGCGACUUUCCAGGUAUUAUUUCCUUUCGGUUCAAAAUUACUAGAUAAUAGACUACCUGUAUUAGGCAAGCUGUUGUCUCUUGCAAUAGCCACUGAGAAUGGUAACGUCUUGAGUUACAUUGGUACAUGGAUGCAAUUAUGUACCUGCCAUUCUGAUUAUUCCGCUUAUAUAGCAAAGGCUGUUAUCAGAGAGCAUAUAAAACCUGCUUCUAAGAACGAACUCGUUCGUAAUCUUCCUAUGAUCUCCCCCAUUUUUUGCGCAAGUUUAAUAUCAGCCAUCACUAACAUGUAUCUGACUUCCUGUCCCCCUGAUCAUAUAAUACAGACAAUUUUAAUUUGGAUUAAUAUGUCCCCAACAUUGUGUUUUUCACCUUUUAAACUGAGCGUACCAACAUCUUUUAAUUAUCCUGGACCCCAGACUCCCAUUCCAGGUUUGAUGUUUUGGUGUAUUUUGUCCCCGUUGUAUAAAGAAUGUGCUGAAAAUGUGGAAGGUCAAGACAUAAGCGCUGAAACAUUUUCCUCCCUGCUUUUGGCUUUGCUGCAGUGCAUGAUAAAAUCAACCGUAUCCCGUGAUCCAUCAUGGUGCGAAGCUGUAUCAAUAACAAGUGUUAUUGUCAUUGCAGAAACUCUAAAGAAAAUGAGUCUAUCGUUGCCUAAAGAUAGGCUUGAUACUUCGUUAGAUAGAUUUGCUAUGUGUGUAGAAGUGGCGCUUUCAACAAAUUGUUUACAUGUUUAUCCUGAAAGACUGGGAAAACUGUUUCAUAAUUGUCUGCAAUUGCCUUACAAUCGUCCAAUGAAAAUUGUUAUUCAAAAAUGGAGCAAUGUGAUUGGCGGUGUUAAGAAAACAUGAAAUUUGAAAUAUUCUUAUUAUAUUGUGUUCUGUACUAUUGAUUUGGCAAGUUUUUGACUUAUGUCAAUUUUUGAUGGUUUUAACUGAAGAUGAGACCGAUAUGUCUAUUGUAUUUGUAUACCUGUAUAAAUAUUUUUUUCAUACUUUAAAGAGUACAUUACAUCUGUUGUGUUUUAAUGCAAACUUAAUGCGUGAUAGAAAAAUAAACAAAAAGGUCUGCGGAAAGCUCUAUAGCUUAAAAGAAAGUUGCUUUAAACAAAUCAUUCCAAUAACAAAGAAAUUGUUUUAAAUGUUCGAAUAAUUAUUGCUGCCAUCAUUCCUUUAGAUUAGGGGUGCACAACUUUUGACCUGCCGACUGUUGAAGUGCAGCUCAAAAAAGCUUCUGGACACAAUA